AAGUCAAGAAGUCCUCUGCCAGCAGCUGAUGUAAAUGACAUGAUGGAAGACUGUAAAGAAAUGGGUUUGUUGUUGGGAAAAGCUGGUCUUCAUUCCAAUGUGCUUCGAAUCAAGCCGCCGAUGUGUAUCACUUUAAGUGAUGCUGACUUUGCUAUUGAUGUAAUAGAGAAAUCCAUAAAGAAUCAUUAUGACAGAACGAAAACUCAAUCCUACAAGAUGAGGCAAAAUGUUACCGUGGAAACAGUGCCAAUGUUUACACCUUAAAUACUGGCAUUGUGGAGGAAUAAACUAGUGUAAAAAGAAACUUUUGUCCCAUUUUC